GUCAAAUGUCAGGGUGAUUUGGCAACAAACACAAACAGAAUUAAAUUUUAAAAUUUGUUUUUCAAAUAUCUCAUAUAAUUAAAACAUAAUUGACUUUAUUUAUUUAAUAAAUACUUAAUAGAAGCAUUCGUUGUAAGGAUAAGAAAGCCGGAGAGGGUAUUAGAUAACAAUUAGUCAGCACUUUUCACUAAUUUGCCUAAAAGGUUUGGAAUAAUUUUUAUCAUUAUUUGGCUUUUUUGCUAAACUACUAAUCAGCUCGAAAAGGGAAAACAGUUAAACGUGGAAAAAUGUCGAACAGUGAACUUCGUAGAAGGAAAGUACAAGAACAUGAAAAAUCAUCGACUACAAAGAAGCGCAAAUCAAAAAAACCUAAGCCAUCUUCAAUACAGACACCACUUAUAUGUCUUAUUAUAAGUGGCACAAUAUUAACUGCAUUUUUAGUUCUCUACGCAGACCAAAUACCAUGGCACAUAGGAAACCAAGCAAUAGACGAUUUAGCGAAACGCUUUUUGGGUUACCACAAGCCAAUACACGCUGUGGUAAUAGACGCCGGCAGUACUGGCUCCCGGGUACUAGCCUAUACAUUCCACAAGUCAUAUUUAGGUGAUUCGUUAGUGUUGGAUAAAGAAUUGUUCGAAUACAACAAACCAGGUUUGUCUUCUUUCGCCAAAGAGCCAGAAAAAGGUGCUGCAAAAAUAGCGGCCCUGCUGGAGUUGGCCAAAAAAGAAAUUCCCCAAGGGUAUUGGGGAAAAACUCCGCUAAUUCUUAAAGCUACGGCCGGCUUGAGGCUUUUGCCAGCAGAACAAGCUGAAAAUUUGUUAAAUUCUGUUAAGGAGUUGUUUAAAAGGACACCAUUUUUGACUGAUGAAAAUUCUGUUGAAAUUAUGGACGGGACUGAUGAAGGAAUAUUUUCUUGGUUCACUGUUAACUUCUUAUUAAACAAAAUCAAUUCAGAUCCUGCAAAUACAGUUGCAGCACUAGAUUUAGGUGGUGGUUCUACACAAGUUACUUUUGCCGCAGUAACUCCAUCUAGCCUUCAAGAUAAAGAAAACAUCCACCAAGCUACAUCUCCUAGUGGUUCUAUACCAGUUUUUACACACAGUUAUUUAGGUUUAGGAUUAAUGGCUGGACGUAAAGCUGUGAUUUCUAAUGGUCAAGGAGAUAGUGUCAAUAUAACUUGCAAAUGUGUUAAUCCUGUGGUUAAAAAUAAAAAGUUCCAUUAUCAUGGCACUGAUUAUUAUGUUAGUGGGCUUCAAGAAGGUUAUUCUACAUCGAAAACAGUUGAAACAGAACAUGUGGGUGAAGAAAUUCCUGUGGUGGACGUAACUGAGUGUUCUAAAAUUAUUCAGGAUUAUGUUGAAGAUAUUUCAAGUAAACUUAGACCUCCAGAGGAACUGCCUUUAAAAGCUAUUUUUGCUUUUAGUUAUUAUUACGAUAAAGCUAGUCAGGCAGGUUUGAUUGAUUUUGAUAAAGGAGGGCAAGUAAAGGUGGCUGAUUUUAAAAAACAAGCUCAAAGGACUUGUCAUGAAGCCAACCCUGAACAACCUUUUAUUUGUAUGGAUAUGACAUUUAUAUGGUUGUUGUUGGAAAAAGGAUUUGGACUUUCUUUAGAUACAAGAAUUUAUUUGUACAAGAAAAUAUCUGGACACGAAAUAAGUUGGGCUUUGGGCGCAGCCUAUGAUGUUUUAAGAAAAAGCAAAUCUGUAUGAUCAGUUUGAAAAAUUGACGAAGUUAUUUGUGCCUUAUUCCAUUAAUUUAUAGUUGAGCGUGAACCAAUAGUAUUUGGAGCACAAAAAGACAACCCAAUUAAUUUGUUUUAUUUUAUUAAUAAAAUUCUGACCAAAGGAUUCAAUAGUCAUUUUGGCUGUGUAAUUUAAUAAUUCCAUUUUUGUUUUUCUAUGUUUGUUAUUUUGGAGUAAAGCAAUAUUAGAAAAAUGUUGUAGUUUAUGUUAAUUGAAGUUCUGAAAACACAGUUCUGUGUCGCUGGUUAAAUGUUCCAUCAAACCAUGGUACAUAACAGUAUUUAGGAGCUGUUCAGCAUGUAAUCUUUGGUCGUCGCUCAUAUCUCUCAGUUUCAUUGCCACAUUUUUGCCUAUAAUGUCAUAAAUAUCAUCUUGAUCAUUUUCCAAAUGAGUUGUUUCAUUUUCUUGUUCAACCUGGUCUUCACAAUCAGGC